GUCCGGUCCCGCACAAUGGGCCAUGGAGUUCCCGUUCGAUGUGGACGCGCUGUUCCCGGAGCGGAUCACCGUGCUGGACCAGCACCUGCGGCCUCCGGCCCGCCGACCCGGAACCACAACGCCGGCCCGUGUGGAUCUGCAGCAGCAAAUCAUGACUAUUAUAGACGAACUGGGCAAGGCCUCGGCCAAGGCCCAGCAUCUCCCUGCACCCAUCACCAGCGCUUCCAGGAUGCAGAGUAACCGCCAUGUUGUCUAUAUACUGAAGGAUAUUUCGGCCCGACCGGCAGGGAAAGGAGCCAUCAUUGGUUUUCUCAAAGUUGGAUACAAGAAACUCUUUGUACUGGAUGACCGUGAAGCGCACAACGAGGUGGAACCGCUUUGCAUUCUGGACUUUUACAUCCACGAGUCAGUGCAACGGCACGGUCACGGGCGAGAGCUCUUUCAGUACAUGUUACAGAAAGAGCGAGUUGAACCACACCAGCUGGCCAUCGAUCGACCGUCACCAAAGCUGCUCAAGUUCCUGAACAAGCACUACAACCUGGAGACCACAGUCCCACAGGUGAACAACUUCGUGAUCUUUGAAGGCUUCUUUGCCCACCAGCAUCGGCCCCCCACUGCCUCUCUGAGGGCAACUCGACACUCUCGUGCUGCUGAGGUCGAUGCCAUGCCCGCUGCUCCAGCGCGGAAGCUGCCACCCAAAAGGGCAGAGGGAGACAUUAAGCCAUACUCCUCCAGUGACAGAGAAUUCCUAAAGGUGGCUGUGGAGCCUCCGUGGCCCCUGAACAGGGCCCCUCGCCGGGCCACACCGCCAGCUCACCCACCUCCACGCUCUAGCAGCCUGGGAAACUCGCCGGAUCGGGGUCCCCUCCGACCCUUUGUGCCAGAGCAGGAGCUGCUGCGCUCCCUGCGUCUCUGCCCCCCACACCCUACUGCCCGCCUUCUGCUGGCCUCUGACCCUGGGGGCAGCCCAGCUCAGCGCAGACGCACCAGCUCCCUUCCCCGCUCUGAUGAGAGUCGAUACUGACAGCUGCCCCUUUCCCUCCCCCUUCCCAAACCCUGCAGCCCACUCUUCCAUCAGGAUUCUUUUCUUCCCCUUCUCUGAACAGCUGGGUUGCCAGGGUUCUAAACAGCCUAACACUUUGUAGCUUUUCUUACGGCAGAAGACACCCCCACCUACCCCCCACCCUCCUCACCCCGACAUAUGCUCUCCCACAGGCAGCCCACUCUGCUCCUACCGACUCCCUAGAGAAGCACAGUCUGCUUACGGUCAGACUCCAGACCAUUAGGGAAGGAAGAAGGGCCUCCCCUGCCAGGGAAACCCUGAAGGACUGUCCUGUCGGUGGAUACUCCCUCCACAGUGCCCACUGGCAGCUCUAACCCUGCCGCCAAACAGACCUGUCCGUUAGUCUGCUGACGGCAGCCUCCAAGCUGACAGGCUGCCAGGACAAGGACCCCUUGGCUUCCCAGCAGGGUCCUCCCAACAUUGCCAAAUUCUUACUUUCCGAGUGUUGUGUAGAUGUCUCAGGCGUUGCUUUGGGGUCUCUACAGGAGACCCACAGACAACACUACUUACUUCAGACAACCUGAGCCUCUCUUGGCAAUAGAUCCCAGCAAACUCCAGGACCACUUAGCUGUGUCUUUGAAGAUAAGCCUGAUCCAUUAGAUCCUGGAUUCCCCUCUAACCUUCCUGCCUCCCUCUAAAUAGACCCGGGAGACUGUCUCGAGAUGACGUGGGGAUCACCCUUCUGCUGCCCUCCCUCCCCCGCCCUCUGACUGCCUGGUAGAUCAGGUGCCCCGCGUGUCCCCUCAAGUCCUUGGGAGCAGGACCUCCCUCUCCCCGCUUGGCUCCUCUCCCUCUCAGUGUUGUCUCAAUAAAGUGUGGAUUCUUCUGUUUUCUAAA